AUGCUACAACUCGAAAUACUUCAUCAUCUUUGCGAUAUUUCUGAUAUUGGAAUCGUCUAUAAGUUGUUCAUGAUAGAGAAAUCUUUGAACAAUAUCCAAGAGUGCUCGUGCAUCCUUCAUUCAUUUGUUACUUCACUCAAAAGCAAAGAUUUCAAUAUUGUCAAUAUGUUGGAGAUCAAAAGUAUGGAUGACCACGAAGGAAUCAAUGCUAUGAUGUUGAUGUUAAUUGAGUUGAUCACAUUCAACGAGUCUUAUAAUACAAACUACGAGUACCCUGUAAAGGAAAUCACCCUAGUUUGUAUAGACUUUGACAUUAGCCAAGAAUCCAUCAAACAACUAGAGAUUUUAACUAGAAACACCAGUUACAACAUCAGAAUUAAAUUCUAUUGUAUUGACAAGAACAUCCAAAACUUUGUGUAUACCUUCCUUGAUCAAACCAUCGAGGAUAAACCCGAAGUAGCCUCAAUAAAAGUAUAA